GUCGCGCCACCGCCGCGCGCUCGGGUCCCCGCCGCGCGUGUGCUUCAUUGUUUUCCUGUUGUGCACAGCGUUAACAGUGCGUUUAGUUUUUGAUCCUUGUUAAGAAUAGUUUACUCUAGCCAGAUGGGUAAAUCCGAUCGUAAGUCAAGGAAGAGAAAGAGGUCCGAGUCUAGAGACCGUUUUGCAGGAUUGGAAGAUAAGUUAUCGCAUCUUAUAGAGAUUUUAUCCAGGAGUGAGGUUAGGGUCCCCCGCGGCUCUUCCUCUUUGUCAUUUUCGCAGUCGGAACAGACGUCCCCGGAGGUUCGGGAGGUAAACGACGAGGAAACUUCAAGGGUCAGCUUGAAGGAUGAAAGCGACAAUGAUCCGGAAUCCAUCUCGAUAGUUCGAGAGAGGUUGAAAGAUCCACACGUCUCAGCAACGGUGAUUGACCCGUCGACGGAAGAAUCACCUUCUUCGCCUCCUCCGGCAAACGCUGCGGCCCCGGUUUCCACGAGACCUGACGAGGUUUCGGUGGAUCUUUCCAAGGAUCUGUUCGGGCCCGAUUCAGAGGCAACGGACCUUCGACCCUGGAACAAUAUGGUCAGCCAGAAAUGGACUGACCUUACCCGUAAGGGUUUGCCUACGAGUCAGCGGGAGGUAUUACUCAAGAAGUAUUCUCCCCCCGAAGAUUUCGCUUUCCUCAGGGCUCCCAAACUCAACCUUGAGUGUAAAUCGGCAUUAAAAAACAAUGUCAUAGUUAAAAGGGACGAGUACAGCUGUUUAAAUCAAAAUCAAGUAGGUACCGCCUUGUUCGCCUUAGGAGAAGCAAUAUCUGACCUCCUCAGACCGGAAAUACAGCAAUUUCUCAACCCGGAAGUUCGAAUGGCAAUUAGUAAAAUCGCUGACGGCGCUCAGCUCUUGGCGGAUCUUUUCUAUCGCCUCUUUUUGUCAAGAAGAGCCCUGAUAAAACCGGCCUUUAAUACCUUGGCCAAGUCCACUGCAGACGCCAUUCCAGCGGACAACUUUCUGUUUGGCUCUUCCUUUGGUGAAGAAAUAAAAAAGGCAACAUCAAUGGAGAAAUCGGCCAGGGAUAUUGUUAGCACAUCCUUGACGAUCUCCAAGAGGGUGCAGCAACCGAUUAAAUUACCGGCACAGACGGCUCCAUCCACGUCGGGAAACUCCCGAGCCCCUGCUUUGAAAACAAAACCGUCGGCGACAAGGAAAACAGGGGCGUCGAGCAGCAGUCGCCGAUCGUCGAACUAUCACAGAUCGAGGUCGAGGAGGCGUUAGUUGACAGCCAGGUAAACAUUGCUGGCAG